AUGUCUCGCCCAAGCACAGCAGACAGCAACGCCUCGUUCUCCCGCACCUCAGGCGACCACCUCCAACGCACCGAGAGCCCUCUCCAAAUGACAUCCAGCUCUCGUCGCAACAGCCCGACAUACUCGAACCGCACCUCAGGCUCCUACAGCUCCCGCAAGAGCGAGGAUCGCCGCCGCUAUGACAACACCGUCUACCACUAUGGCCGGCACUCGAACUACUGGCUCUUUGGAGGGUUCAGCGUGCGCGACACAGUCCGCGACGGCGUUGACUGGAUCCGCCAGCAGAAGAAGGGUUGA